ACAUGCCAGUUCCGGUCGGCGUUUGUACAGCUAGGUUCCUCUUUUUAAUGCGAGUUAAAAUACCUCGGUACGCGAGUGCACCCGCUCAACGUAGAGCACGUGUAGCGGAUGCUGGCUAUCCACGAGUGUGAGGGGACCUUUGCCGUUGCCCGGCUGAGUGCUCCGGAGGGCUGUUGCUGUUUUCGCGACCUUGCUCACCUGUAUCCGAUGCUUCAAAAGUGAACGGGCCUGAAUGAAAUUUUGGCAUGAAAUUAAAAUUAUUGCCGACACCAGACCCCGCUGAGAGUGAGGAAAAUACCGAACCGGCACCUGACGCAUUCAGCCACUGGGACGAUGAACCACAGUACGAGAUAACGAAUCGAGAUAAGGUUAUCACAUCAUUCAUUGCAGGGGCACUAGCCGGCUCCCUUGCAAAGACGACUAUAGCUCCUCUUGAUCGUACAAAGAUUAACUUCCAAAUACACAAUGAGCAGUUCUCAUUCACCAAGGCAAUUCAGUUCCUGGUCAAAUCGUACAAGGAGCAUGGCCUGCUCAGUUGGUGGCGAGGCAACACGGCCACCAUGGCGAGAGUUGUACCCUUUGCCGCCUGCCAGUACGCUGCUCACGAGCACUGGAAGAUCAUCCUCAAGGUUGACACAAAUGAAAGGAGGAAGAAGCACUACUUCAGGACCUUCCUCGCUGGAUCCUUGGCUGGUUGCACGGCGUCUACGCUGACGUACCCCUUGGAUGUAGCACGCGCAAGGAUGGCAGUUUCUAUGCCAGAUAGGUACCGAAACAUUAUUGAAGUGUUUCGGGAAAUCUGGAGGUUGGAAGGCCCGAGGAACUUGUACAGAGGGUUUGCACCUACAAUGCUUGGCGUCAUUCCCUAUGCUGGUGCUAGUUUUUUUACGUAUGAGACUCUCAAGAGGCUAAGAGCAGAGCAGACGGGGUCCACAGAAUUGCACCCGGUCGAGCGCUUGGUGUUUGGUGCCGUGGGUGGCCUGUUCGGCCAGUCGAGUUCCUAUCCGCUGGACAUUGUGAGGAGGCGGAUGCAGACAGCACCCCUCACUGGACAGAACUACACCAGUGUGUUGGGAACCCUCACCAUGGUAUACAGGAGCGAAGGCCUCAUAGGCGGCCUCUACAAAGGACUGAGCAUGAACUGGAUCAAAGGACCCAUCGCCGUUGGUAUCAGCUUCAUGACGUUCGACAUCAGCUCACACGCAAUGCAAAAAGCGCUGGCCUCGCGGUUCUGGACCCGUUAGCCAAGUACCCGAGCCAGUUUAUUCGAGGGAUCUAGCUCCGUCAUUGCCGGACUAUGUAGCAAUCGUGGCGGCAGUGCGUACUGGCUCUAGCCAUUGUUGUAACAUCGGUUGCGAGCCGUAGCGCAAUGCUUCGCAGUGCGAGAAGCAACCGCGUUGCUUGUGCAUCACUCCAAUGCUUGUUCCAGGCUACAGCUGAAGUGGAACAAAAAGCUUUUCGCAGAGUUACGGUUGGGGCACGCUUGCGCUGUUGUGGGCGUUAGCCGUGUCAAUGUUGUUUUAUGGGGUACUGUUGAAAGAUGCGUAAAUAUAUAUAUAUUCCGGUUGAGACGCUGCCGAAAAUCUCUUUUUUUUUGGUAACUUACAGUUGCGUAGUGAAAUCGUGAUUGCCUUGAAAGAAGGGCAGCGACUUUCCUCUAGUCUUUCAACUUUUGUUGCGAGGACAUAAUGAAUACCACUUGUUCAACUGCUUCUUAUGUCUGAUAUAUUUUAGUUUAGUAUGAUUUUAUGAGACAGCAUAGAGAGACCUACAGUGAACCAUUGGCAUAGGAACUUGUGUGGCGAUUGCUAGCUUCCUGGUACCAUUACUUGUGAGAGUAAAAAAAAUAUACUGGAUCAGGUGCAGACAUUUAGAGUUGUGCAGCUCUCUUAUUGUGGUGAUGCAUAAUUGUGUUAAGCAGGCAGCUGGAAUUGCUCCAGUGAGCAGCUUUGUAAAAUUAAGAGCUUGUUUGAAUGUAGUCCACGCGAAUGACGCGAGCGGUUGGGAACCUAAGCGUGCAGGUUAGCGUAACUUCACGUGCAGAUAGCAUUGUGCCUUGGCAGUCAGUCUCGCUGUUUAGCUGCCUGGGCAAACUCCUCGUGUGCGAUUGCUAGUGGAAUGUCUGAUAUUGAUGCAGUUGUUAUUAGUAGACCAUACAUUUUGUAACGGCAUGCAGAAAACACUGGAGACUGCGUCUAUGACAACUUUUUUUCUUGGGAUGUUGCAUUAAUCGCUGAUUUUAGCAUAUUCGCGUGGAUGUAACGUCUUGACCAGCAUCACGUAAUCGUGAAUGUCGUGCAAGAAGACGCCUUAGACGACUAAUCAGUGAUGCUGUGAUCAUAAUGAAAGGAAACAGAACUGGAGUUAGUGAUAAUGACAGAUGUGACACUUGUAAUGCCGAUUGGUGACACUAAGUCUAGGUUGUAGUACUUGGCUACAUUGAGCAGACCAUUUCAACACAGUGGAAUGGAUGAUCCAUUACCACGAUGCACUGUCCCAGGGGCCCGAAUUCGCUCAUGUUGUUGCAACUGCAUAGUUGUUACUCUUGUUAGACAUUGCUGUGCCCUUGCUUUCAUUCCACUUUGUACGAGUGAAAACUCUUUGCAAGCACGCACUUCCUGCCAUUGUGAGACUUCUCCCACGAUUCUCCGUCAAAUGGUGGUUGAGAUCACUGCACUGUUAAAACAAAUUUAAAUUCAAGGAAGGAGGGGUUUUCUGUGUCAAAAAUAUCUCAUAUUUGCUUGUUUUAUAAUGCAACAUAUCUACUCAGGCUGAUAUUCCUCCUUUCCUACCCUAAAGAAAGAUUACGACGAUGCAUGCUCAGGUUAGCAUCAAUGCAAUGUGGUGUUUUUUUUUAUCACUGCACAGAACGGACAUGAAGUCAAUAUAUACUGAAAACUGGAGUGGUUCUAAAGGCUUGAGCAAUUCUAGGUAGUCAAAUGUGUGCAGCUUUGCUGUAUAGGAAUGUCUUGUUGGAAAUGCCUGUGUACUUCCACUUUUAUUAAUUCAUGAUAAGUUUAUAUGAGCAUGCAACUGAGGUGAACCAAACAUCCCUUUAUAUGAAUAAAAGAAAACAUCUGAGCACUCCAGUUGUGUUCUGGGGCACAUAUACAGCUAGGAACCUGUGUUUAUGCAUACGUAAAUUUGUGAGUGCAAAGGGCACUUUUAACACCUUUUAAGUAGGUAUUUUGUUCAUCAUAUGCAGUCCAUUGUGCACCUUUGGAGCGGAGAAGAAUUAUUGAGAAGGUAAAACUGCGCUUGCUUGGGCAUCCCAGAAAAGGUCACGAAAUCGGGCACAGCACUGACACGCCCUCUGUCGUGGGGUCUGCUAACGAAGGACAAAAAAUGUGCAUGCCGUUCUCAUCGCGCUCUCGUUGCAAGGCCACUCGGGGUUCGCGCUUCACGUCUAAUGUCCAAGUGGAUGUGCUUCUGUGUGUCCUUGCCGGUUAAAUUAUACUGCAACAGCGUUAAAGAGCUCGUUUCCCAGAAAUGCUGGCAUAGAUUGAAGACACAGCGUCUGGUAAUAAGACUGGUCAUUUCGCUUUGUCCAGAAGAAUUUAGCCACUAAGCUGACCCCAAUAGAGUCGCCUGUCUAUGUCGCUGUCCGAGGAGUGCUUUUCGCAAACAGUGUGGCAAGACAUCGUCCCUCUGUCUUUCCUCGAUAUGGCGUGAGCAGACGCCUCCAACUUCACUGGGCCUCUAGAACGUUGAGGGGAAUUACCUUGUCCUUGCAUGAUGCCUACCCACUAUCACAGUUCGGCACAACACACUUGUGCCGCAUCUUAAAGAACCACCCGUCAAAAUGUUCGAAGCACUCGCCUUCGUUGCAGCAUGAAAACUGCACGCAGACACCAAGGGGUCGGUGCCGCUGGCGCAACGCGAGGAAGCCAAGAUCGUGAAGUGAUUCAUGGCCGCUUGUUGGGAUCUUUCCAUCCCAAGGCCACCUACACAUGCAAGCCCAUAACAUGCAAGCGAAGAGCGUGUGCAUGCGGCAGACGUCUUCUGCUUGAAGACCAUUUAGCAGCUAGUUUUAAGCGCUGUACGGCCUAUAAUUCUAGCAGUAUCAGUCAGUAACUGCAGCCAAAAUAUGUUGCAUCUACCGAUUGGUAUUAUGGACAGAAAUUUAAAAAUUUUUACAAUGUACGAGGUGCUAUUACAAUUUUUGUGUGUCGCCUCCCCAGAAGCGCAUGGAAAAGAUGGCAACACGCUGAAAGGGUCAUCUGUCGAGCUAUGGCGCAAACCGCAUUCCUCUACGAACAGCGUUGCUGCAGCCUGGGAGUUUCUCCUUCUCAAAUAUUCUUGCUCUGUGACCUUUGCUGUGUGAGCCAACUUCCGAGUGAGAUUAAUAUUUUCUUUCUAUACUGGAAGAAAGCAAGUUUUGUGUGGGUACAUAGUAUUGGGAACGAGGGGGCAUCACUUGUGAGUUGUUCGCAAUACCCACAUCAUUAGAUAUUCGUUCGAGGUCUUUUGAAGGCGUUGCGCCGUGCUCCCUACAGUGCUGCAAAAAUUAGGCGCCUUCUUGUAACCACUACCACCGCCUUUUGAUGAGAUUGUACGGGGGUUGUAGAAGUUCUAUUUCAUAGUAUAUGCUUUGCGUGAUAGUCUUUGUGAUAAGUCUGCAAUGUGAGUGCUGCAUCUAGGAUUAAAUACAGUCCAGCUGAGACCGCUUUAAAGGGGUCAUGACACCCAGUUUUCAACCAUAA